CCGAUUUCUCUAAAUUUCGAUGGAUUUCGCCUCCUAAAUCAGAGAUUUUGCAUGCACUAACCUAACGCUUCAAUUCGAAUGGCCCAUCAAACGCAGCUUCGAUCAGGGAUCUCCUCUACAGGAACCAGCAGAAAUGAUGAUCUGUUGAAUUUAGGAACCUCUUAUGCACGUGGACCAAAAUUUGGUUGUCGUGGCCCAUUCCAUCCUAGCAUGGACCGCAACAACCUGGACGAUGAAAAGGGUGAAACCAGACUGUAUAUUGGUAACCUUGAUCAAAGAAUAACAGAGUCUCAUUUGAUCAAGAUGUUCUCUCCUUUUGGGAAGAUCGUGUCGGAGGAUUUCUUGUGGCAUACGCGGGGCCCGAAACGUGGCGAGCCACGAGGUUUUGCUUUCAUCCAGUUCAGUACAAAAGAGGAAGCUCUACAGGCCAAGGAAAAGAUGAAUGGCAGAUUGGCAUGUGGACGCCCUUUGGUGGUCCGUCUUGCUACCGAGAAGUACUUGAUCGAAGCAACAAAUCCCCCACAGGCAGUUGGUGAUGCAGGGAAAUCAAUCGUCGCAAGUGGACCUUCAGGACAAAUGAACCGGAGUGCGAAGAUAGCAGCGAUAAAGAAUAAACUGAAGGCCAUGGAAGAAGAGAGCUGCAGCUCAAAAAAACCAAGAUCAAUCUGACCAUUCAUCUUGAAGCGGAACAGUGGCGGCUACUCUCCCCAGGCAUGCCGGUGGCACAUGUGUGAGAUGCAAGCCAUUGAUCCGGUGGGCCACACUUCAUAUGUGCUCUGGCGUAAUAACCAGACCACUCCUGUCAUCAGCUUGCGAACAUGCGUCCACAAGGAGUAGACGGCUAGAAAAGAUUGAACAAAUGCGUUUGAGAUGCCUGUAGCCAACCUGAUGACCAGAUCAGCUGGUUUUCUUUUCCAACCACAGCACAUAGAAGCGGGACCUCCUGGAAAUGGCCCAGAUCUCACACACUUGUGCCAAAUUGUCAUCUGUUAUCUGAAAUUGGCAGAACUGCUAGAAAGAAUGGACGACUGACAACAACUGGUAGUCGACUUUGGCCCACUUGCUUCCAGUAGAAUGCAUAGUUUACAAGUUUUCCGUCCCACGGAACCUGAUAUGGUAUAAAAUUUGCAACCUGUGAUGCAAUGUUUUUAGUGUAAUUGUUUCCAUUGAUAUGUCAGACGGGUCCGAAAAUUAGAACACAUGUAUUUAGAUUUUAGAAGUGGCAGUGACCCACAAGAUGCCAAUCAGGAGUUUGUAUUCUAACUGUAUUCUGCUAUCUUAUAUGGUUCCUGCAAAAGCACUCCUGCAUCCCUAGCCGUUGUCA